AUGGGACUGGACGAUGCUACGGGCUCCUACCUCUCGCACGACCGCUAUAGGUAUGAUUUCGUCGUGGCCACCACGCAGGCGAGCAUCAAUUCUGGUCUCAAGGCUUGGCUCAGCAAGUCGAGCCAGCCGAUUAGGUAUUUUUGCUUUCUCGCCGACGAAGCUGGUGAUCCCACGGUGCAGACCACGCUCGACGACGUGCUCAACAAGACCGGCGGCAUCGACCCCUUCACCAUCCCGCAUGGCACCGCCACCAGUGACCCGCGUAUCGUAGCACUCACCAAAGCCCGCUUUGCCGUGGGAUUCAAAAUGCAGAUGGGCCUCCCUAGGGGCGUUCCCCCCAAGAAUCUGCCCGUGAUCGCGGACCUGGUGGACGAGGCCAGCAACGUCACCUUCAACCUCCUCUGCUCCGAGUUCGUGAUUAUUCAGAACACGCCUGGGUCAUCGUGGACCCAGGGCAGCUGGGAUGUCUGGACCCAAGGCCCGGGCGAUGCAUGGUAUUUUGAAACCCAAGUCAGCCUCCUGACCGCGGAUCUCAGCAAGGAUCUUAACACGCCGUACUUCAAUAACCACCCGGACGUGAAAAGAGAGCUGCAGAACAAACUGCGCAACCUAUCGGGCACGGCCUUCAGCUUGCAGCAGCUGCUGCUUGACCUGAGUACGGCGAAGAUGAAGCGGCGCCCCUCCAUCCAGGGUCUGCCCCCGGGAUCCAAAGCGGACCUGGUGCUGCAAAGGUCCUUCAUCUCUAUUUAUGCCGAGAACGCCAUGGAGCAGGGCUUGCCGUUGCUGUCAGUGACGGCCGUGGUGCAGAAGCGCGACCCGUCCCCGCUGGAAAUGACCGAUUUCGAGCGGCAGGUCUCGCCUCUGAAGAGCCAGGGUGCUGUGAUCAAGAAUCCAACGCCAGAGCAGCGGGCGGCCACCACCCUGGACCAUCUGUGCGCCGUCCAGAAUAAGACACUGCCGCCGACCGCCGGCUUCGAGUGGAACUGGGUCGGGGUGCACGACGUGACCUCGCAAAGCGGCACCAUCUCGAUCAACCGGAGUGCCAUCGGGGAAUACCUCCGGGACCAAAUUGUUCGGACGGCCACGAAGUCUUGCCUUAUAUUUGAAUGCGACGUCUCUGUCAACGCAUUAGGCGUUGCCACGUAUGGGUGGAAGAAAUUGCCUGCGACCGCACCAGACUCGGCCAACAUCACGCAAUCCGGAAGCAACGUCAUCCAGAUCGAAUACUAUCAGCGUGGAUACGACGAGGAUCGGUGCGCGCUGGGGUACGCGGACCUGGGGAUUUUGUCGGAAUACAAGGGCGACGUGACCUUCUCCGGCACUAGUGUUGUGGUGAAACAAAUAGCUCGGGUCAACGUCAGUGCCUGCUGGAGCGGCACCCGGGAGGCUUUCGAUGCCUUCAAGCUGACGGCCACGGACACAUAUAAGAUCUCGGUCGACCAAUAUGGGGCUCUGAAAAUGACCCAUACGGGUCGCACCGAGACGGAUGACUCGCAGGACCCCGACGUCAGUGGCAUCGUUAACUUCUUUACGGGGGUUGGGGACCUAUGCCGCGCCAUCAAGAAGAGCCUGGCCAAUUGCACAGUGCUCAAUAUUGAGGCAGUUCCCUUCCACAACCUGCAGAAUUUCGUCUUCCCGGGCUCGUUAGUGUUUACGUACAAUUCCGCCCAGUUCUCCGAACACCAAGAUCUCAUCUCGUCUAUCACCUACCUGGAUCCGCGGCGGUCGCAACGCAAGAAGCAAGAAGGGGACCUGGCCAUCGCUCACACUUCGGAUCUGAUGCAGAAUUAUGUCCGUGGCGAGAUCGUGUCCCCGACGGGAAAGUUCGAGGCGCUCCAGACCAGCAACGGCCUCUCCUUACUCUUCAGCCUCGAUACCCACAACGUCUUUCGGGUCAUCGUGGAGCAAAGCGGGACCACAGCCACCGGAUGGAAGGUCAGAGACCUCUCUUCACAGCUCCUGCGGGACCGGUUCCUCGGUCAGAACGCCACAGUGCGCCACUUCGGGGUGGCCCAGAGCGCACUGGAUGGCAGUAUCAACAUGGCCAUGGCGGUUUCGGCAGAUGGCACCGAUACGCUCUUUGUCUCGCUGCAGAAUGAUAGCUCUGAUAUGUCCUGGACCGAGAAGCCGAAGUGGACCCCGGUUCCGUUUGAUGCAAUCGAUUCCAAGCCCAUCUCGAUAACCGUCGCGGGCAUCCUCUUCGCCGAAACCACCGAGCUGGACGAGUACCUGGUCGUCGACAUCGACCGCCCGGAUCUCAAGCGGAUCAAGAACAUCGUACGCUACCACAUUGACAUCUCCCGGUCGACGGGGCGCUUCUGGCUAAAGCGCGACGUGCCGAUUGACAUCGAGAACGGCAGCUACCAGAGCUGUGUCGGUCGACAAAGUAGGGCAUACGUCGACGGCGUCUACACGGCCGGUAGAACGGCAGACAUGCCGCAGCUGGUCUACGUUCCCCUGGUGAAUGUCUGGGGCCAGGGACCCCCCUUGCCCAUCCGCCUCGGGCUGCCCGGCGGCGUGCUUCCCUCAGCGAUCGCGACGGCUCGGUAUGGGAGCCAUUCCAGCCGCGAAAGGUUUGCGUCCACCGACCUCUAUGCCGUGAGCGGCACAACGCUCUACCGAUUCGCCGCCGAUGCGCAGUCUCAAGACGCCAAUGGAGUGCCGGUCGUCACGAGUGACGUCCUGUCCGAAACCACGACGCUGAUGGCGAUGACCGAUGGCGACGUAACCACACUCUGGGGCAAGAAUGGCAGCAAUAAUGUCUACUAUGUGUCGUGUGAGACAGCCCAUCUCGCCGAACCAGGCUCGUGGAGCACUCCGGUGCCUAUCUUGACGGGGAUUGAACACAUCUCCGCGUACAUGAACCUCGCCGAUGGGGGCAACACGAUCUUUGCUACCGGCGGAGGGAAACUCGUGAAGCUGACCCAGGCCAGCCGCACGAUGGCCAAGAUCUGGCGGCCACAGGAGAUCAAGCUGGAAGCGCCACCUCACAUCCCGUCGGCGCCAGUCAAGUCCUACACGACCACCAUUCACGUCACCGAUCCCAAGGCAAACCACACUCCCGUAGCGGACAUCGCAGUUUCAGUUGCGGCAGAUUCACGCAGCCCUGUAUACAUCAACGGGCUCUACUACGUGCUGGGACAGGCGCCGACGGAGAUCAAGACUGAUUCGACGGGUGCAAUCACGAUUGUGGAAGCCACGGAGGAUUUGAACGCGGCCGCCCUGUCCGUCUCGGUGCCGGGGGCGAACGAGACGGAGGUAAUCAAUCCCAUGGACAUCGCAGCCAAGAAGCUCACCGACCUCGACUCGUACGACUCGCUGCGCAACGCCACUGUCCCUGAAACGACAACCGCAGGGGGCGUCGUGGGGCGGGUGAAGCGUCGGCCGCUCGUUGAUUCCUCCGUUAGUCGACAAGAUAUGGAAACCGUGGCGGCCAACCUGAAGCGGCUCAAAGAGGUACCUGCAUCGCUCCCUGAUAGCGCCCGAUCGGCUCUCCCACUGCAAUACCUCAGUGGUUACCCACGGGUCGUCCCUGCUCAACAUUUUUCCCGGUCCCUGAACGAUAUCGGCAUCGCAAUAGGAGAUCUCUUCCGGUGGCUCGCGUCGGGCGUGGAAGCCGUCAUCGAUAUCAUCUUCGAUGCCGUAACGGACGCGUGGCACUUUGUGGCCAAGAUCGCCGGCAAGGUGUACCGGGCCAUCCUGGACACCGUCGACGCGAUAGUUGGUGCAAUCAAAUGGGUCUUCGACAAGAUUAAGACUGCCGUCGGGGACCUGGUCCGCUUCGUACAGUUCCUGUUCGAGUGGGACGAUAUCCGGCGAGCCAAGGAUGUCAUCCACAACGUCACCAAGCUGACCCUGCACCAUUUCGCUGUGGACGGGCUGAAGACGGCCAAGACGCAAUUCGACGAGAGCUUCGCCAAGGUCGAGAAGACGCUCAACCAGUGGGCCGACAUAGGCGACUGGUCUCCUCUAGGACCCCCAGCGGAGACACCAGCGCAAGGGAGCACUGUGAGUCCGGUCAAGGACCACACAUCAGGCUCCCUGCUCCUGGCCAAUCAAUUCCGGAACAACGCCCAGGAGAUGACAUUCGAUGUCCCGGCGGACGUAGUCCUGACGCGAGAGGCCGAAUCCCUGAUCGAUAUCCUCCUAGACGCGGUAUCAAAGGAAGGCCAGGCGCUCUCCACCGUGUACGCCAAGUUGCAGCAGGUAGCCCGCGAUUUCAAGUCCAAGUCGGUCGGGGAUGUGCUCAAAGCCAUUGCGGCCAUCCUCGCCGACGGACUGCUUUCUAGCGUACAGGUCGUUUUCGACGCCCUGGUGGAUGUGCUGGCAUCUCUGGCUGCCUCGGCGAUCAAGCUGCUCGAUACCAAAGUCCAUGUCCCCGUCAUCUCCGACAUUCUCAAUCUGUUAGGCAUCCCGGACUUCUCAUUCCUCGAUUUGUUCACGUGGAUUGCAGCGGUGGGCUACACCGUCGUCCACAAGAUUACUUACGGAGAGGCACCAUUCCCAGAUACUCCAAAGGUCAGGGCCAUCAUCGCGGCCUCGGACUGGAAAACGUUGACCAACAUCAUCAGCCAAGACGAACCAGCGCACGAUGGGGCCAUCCAAAAGGCCGACGGUAAGGACAUCGUCCCCCCGAGUCUGAAGGCGACCAUCUUCAUUGCCUGCCACGCCACGGCCGGGUUCUCGCUGUUCACUGGCAACUUCCUCAACUUCUUUGAGGCCGAGUUCCCCACGGGCGACAAUCCUUUCUCCAUUCCCUCCGCCGUGAUGGGCAUCAUAGCGGCCGGGAUGCAGACUGGUGGCGACUCCCUGGCAGCGGUGUACCCGGUCGAGAAUGAAGCGGUCAGCAAACUGUCGAUGGCGAUGGGCGGCAUUUCCCUCACGAACAAGCUGUUCUUCAGCGGGCCGGUGCAGAAGCUGCUCGGUGUCAAGAGUACGGGAUUUGUCGGGUUGAUGCUGAACGACGGGAGGGCCACAGCCAGCAUCAUCGACUCCGUCCUGGUGGUGCCGCAGCUGUUCGUGACGGGCUGGCACUUUUAUGAGUUGAGCAAGAAGGAGGUGGGGGCCGUCCGGUCGGCGGCGAUCGUGGGCGAGGUAUCCAAUCUGGGCUUAUACGUGUCUCGCGUGUCGUAUGCAGCAGCCGUCAACCUCAAGGACCCGAUAUCGAAGCAGAUCCCUAUCGGGAUCAUGGCGGCGAGCAAUGCUGUCGCCGGAGGCCUCCAGACGGCAGAGGCGUUUAUCCAGGCCUUUUUAAUCUAG